AGAGCUACAGAAAGGCCAAAGGGCAGGACCAGAGGGGCCGAAGGGCAGAGGUGGGAGCGGACCCGAGGACAGUCCUCCCCACUCACACCCACAGCGCGGGAGCUCAGAGGCCUCAGAAACUGAAAGAAGAAGCAGAGGCCUCUGGGCUUUCCCUGUCCCCUGCCUGGCACAGGAGCGACUUCCUCUUUUCAGAUCAUUUAAGGCCCAGCCCGAGUGCUGGGGGAAGUCGAGAGGCCGCACCAGCAGCCAUGGGGGACACCUUCAUCCGCCACAUCGCCCUCCUGGGCUUCGAGAAGCGCUUCAUUCCCAGCCAGCACUACGUGUACAUGUUCCUGGUGAAGUGGCAGGACCUGUCGGAGAAGAUGGUGUACCGGAAGUUCACCGAGAUCUACGAGUUCCACAAAAUCUUAAAGGAAAUGUUUCCCAUCGAGGCAGGAGAAAUAAACCCGGAGAACAGGAUCAUCCCGCACCUCCCCGCUCCGCGCUGGUUCGACGGGCAGCGCACCGCCGAGAGCCGCCAGGGGACGCUGUCCGAGUACUGUGCCGCGCUCAUGGCGCUGCCCCCCAAGAUCUCCCGCGGCCCGCACGUGCUGGGUUUCUUCAAGGUGCGGCCCGACGAUCUGCAGCUGCCCGGCGACAGCCCGGUGAGGAAGCCUGAGACCUACCUGAUACCCAAGGAUGGCAAGAACGGCAAGAGCAACGCCGCGGACAUCACAGGCCCCAUCAUCCUGCAGAGCUACCGUGCCAUCGCCGACUACCAGAAGACCUCAGGCUCGGAGAUGGUUCUGGCCAUGGGCGACGUGGUGGACGUCGUGGAGAAGAGCGAGAGUGGCUGGUGGUUCUGCCAAAUGAAGGCAAAGCGUGGCUGGGUCCCGGCAUCCUUCUUGGAGCCCUUGGACAGUCCUGACGAGGCUGAGGACCCAGCGCCCAACUAUGCAGGAAGGAGGAUGUCACCGGCUACUUCCCGUCCAUGUACCUGCAGAAAGCGGGCCAGGAUGUGGCACAGGCCCAGCGCCAGAUCAAAGGCCGAGGGGCGCCGCCUCGCCGGUCGACCAUCCGCAACGCGCACAGCAUCCACCAACGGUCGCGGAAGCGCCUCACCCAGGACGCCUAUCGCCGCAACAGCGUGCGUUUCCUGCAGCAGCGGCGCGCUCAGGCGCCCUCACCGAAAAAGAUUCCGCAGAGCCAGCGUGGGAAGCCACAGCCAGCGGUGCCCCCGAGACCCAGCGCCGACCUCAUCCUGCACCGCUGCAGCGAGAGCACUAAGCGAAAGCUGGCGUCCUCCAUCUCCGUCUGAGGCCAGAUGGCGUCGCCCUGGCCCCAUCCUUGUAUAUAUGCGUGUAGGGCCUGCAGUUGGUGCCCUGGAGCUGUCAGCCCACGAGACCAUCCACAUCCUUAAUAAACAUUGCUUGGGGUGAACCGCGCCCUGAGCGAUGCGGGGUGGGCUGGGCUCUGUCCCAGGGACCCCACCUCCACCAUCUGGGAAUUGAACCUAGAGCCUUCACACUGUGUUACAUUCUCAGCUCUUUUUAAAAUAAUUUGA